AUGUUUCACUUAUUUAUUGUGAUGGUUGUUUUGGUUGCGGGAGGGAGCUUAAUAUUUUUAAUUUGUUUUCCACUUUGUACUCUUUCUCAUUCAUUUUUUUCUAAAUUUUCUUCUUAUUUUUAUUAUCCGUUCAUUCUUUUGCUCUCAUUUCGCGCAUGUUCAUUGCUUCUUUCUUUCUUAAUCUUUUUUUUUCUCUUUCUUUCUGGUUUUCUUUACUGUGGUUCUUCUGAUUUUGCCUUUUCUGGAAUUUUUAUUUUUCGAUUCUUUUUUUUUCUAUCAUUCUUGUUUUCUUCCUGUUCUUUUUUUUCAGAUUCUUCCUUUAUUUCCUUUUUUCUUUUUCUUAUUUUCGUUUUUAUUUUUCUAUUAUUUCUUGUCCUUCUAUUUGUUUCCCUUUUCUUCUUCCUAUUAUUUUAUUACUCGUUGUUUUUAUGCUUUCUUUCUACUGCUCGUUUACUCCUUUAUUGCUUCUUUCUUUCUUUUUCCUUCCUCCUUUAUUUUUCUUUCUUUUUCCUUCUCUCUUUUUCUUUCUUUCUUUCUUUCUUUGUUUAUCGUUUAUCUGUUUCCUUCUUUCUUUUUCCUUCGUCCCUUCUUUCUUUCUUUCUUUCUUUCUUUCUUUCUUUCUUUUUUUUGCUAGUUAUCUUUUAUCUGUUUUUCUUUCGUCCUUUCUUUACCUUUCGCUUAUUUUCUUUCAUCUUUUAUAAUUUUCCUUAUCGUUCCCUCCUUUUUCAUUUCCUUUUUGUCUUCAUUUGUCUUUUUUCUUUUAAUCCUUCCAGGAAAUGCAUACUCCCCUCCCUCCCUCCACGUCAUACUUUCCUCCCCUUCAGCCAACUUUUCCUAUUUUCCCCAGUCUUCCUAACUGUCGCUCUCCUUAUCCCCCUUUUUUUUUCUUUUUUUUUUCAUUUCUCCUUUCUAAUCUUUUCUUCCCUCUCCCCGACACCCCCGUGCUGUCAGCGAGUGCAGCCGGAUCCGGACCGAGUCGAGCCGACGAGAUUUGGUCUCUCUCUCUCUCUCUCUCUCUCUCUGUUUCGCCCCCCCUCUCUCUCUCUUAACCAUACUAAAUCUUUUACCCUGUUUUCUUCUUUCCUUCAAGCCCGCUCUUUUCCAUUGGUCAAUCUAUCCUUUUCCCCCUACCUCUCAUCCCCAUUCUCUCUCUCUCUCUCUCUCUCUCUCUCUCUCUCUCUUCUCGCAUUACCUCUGUUAUCAGUGAAUAACAUCCUUCAUUUCUUCCUUUCCUUCUUUUUUCUUACAUUACAUCCUUUCUUUCUUUGUUAUUUUUUCAUACUUUAA